AUGCCGUCUAGCAAAAGAGUUCCUGAGAACAACGUGAACUCUGCUCAGGCUGCCAAGAGAUCCAAAAUCGCUGAGCCGCCCAAACUCGAGCCCAAAAGGUCACUGUACGUGAACAAUCUAAACGACAAAAUCAAGAUGCAGACGCUCCGAGAAAACCUUUACCUACUUUUUUCAACAUUCGCCGAGGUGCUGCAAGUCACAGUAUCUAAAGCGACGCGAGGACAGGCCUUUAUUGUUCUGAAAUCUGUGGACGAAGCUAAUUUAGCUAUGAUUUCGCUCCAAGAGGAGCCUUUCUUCGGAAAACCCCUGCGAAUUCAGUUUGCCAAGAAGGACUCUCUACUAGUUCUACAAGGGGUCGAUUCUCAAUCCUAG